AUGGUUCCAUACAACACUUCCCACCAUGAACCACCUGGAAAAAUCAGCAGUUGGCCGAGCAAACGUUGGGCCAAUGGCACCCUAGGCUUCCUGGAGUCCAACAAUAAGAGCGGUUCCUGGAAGCAGAUAGCCUUCAAAGCCAAAAGGCUGACCUGCCCGCAUCACAAGCUGCAGUUGGAGAGAACACUUCCCACCAUGGAUCGACCUCUUGGCAGAAUUUGCAAUUGGAUGAGACAGUGUUGGGUGAACGGAACCAUAGGCUGCCUGGAGUCCCCCAGUACGACCACCUCCGGGAAGCAGUUCUACACACCACUCACCACAUGGACCACCUACCAGAAUUUUGAAUUGGAUGAGUCAGUGUUGGAUGAACAGAACCAUAGGCUGCUCCAAGUCCAGCAGUGCAGUAUGACCAGCUCUACGAAGAUGUUGCACUGGGGGGGACCUAAAUCCAGAGCAGAAAACCAGGGGCAGGCACAGAAGAUAGUCCUCAAACCCAGAAGGCUGAACCGCAAACACCACAGGCUGCAGGAUCAAAGUUCACUAAGCGAAAUGUAUAUGCGCAUGGAAGACUGGGCCCACAUCACCCCGCAAGCCCAGCAGAAACAAGGAACGGGCCGGAUAGGGAAUACAGGGAGAGAUGCCAAGGCCCGGGCAGAGGAUUUCACCAGCAGGCGCUCGCUGGCCCCCUACGCCCUCGCCGACCCCCGACUUCUUGCUCUCCAGGCCAGCGAGGACGGAGAGAGUGUGGGCAACUGCCCCUUCUGCCAGCGGCUCUUCAUGAUCCUUCUCCUCAAGGGGGUCCCCUUCACGCUCACCACGGUGGACACCAAGAGGUCCCUGGACGUACUGAAGGACUUCGCCCCAGGCUCCCAGCUGCCCAUCCUGCUCUACGACGGGGAGGCCCGGACGGACACCCUUCAGAUCGAGGAGUUCCUGGAGGAGACGCUGGGACCGCCCAAUUUCCCCAGCCUGGUGCCCCGCUACAAGGAGUCCAACACGGCCGGCAACGACGUCUUCCACAAGUUCUCGGCCUUCAUCAAGAAUCCCGUGCCCUCCCAGGAUGAGGCGUUGCACAGGAUGCUGCUGCGGGCGCUGCUGAAGCUGGACGGCUACCUGAGUAGCCCACUGGAGCACGAACUGGAGCGGGAGCCCCGGCUCACCCAGUCCCGCCGCCGGUUCCUGGACGGUGACCAGAUGACCCUGGCCGACUGCAGCCUCCUGCCCAAGCUGCACAUCGUCAACACGGUGUGCGACCACUUCCGCCAGGCCCCCAUCCCCGCCGAGCUGCGGGGGCUGCAUCGUUACCUGGCCAACGCCCUCCAGAUCAAGGAGUUCAAGUACACGUGUCCCCAGACGGCGGAGAUCCUGGCCGCUUACAAGCCCGUUGUGAGACCCCUCCCUGAGCCCUCGUGGGAAUUUGGAUGGUGGGGGGGGGGGAGCUGACACCCCAGGCCGCGCCCGUCCCGGAGCACAUCCACCCUGGACUCCCCGAGGCCCGGCCGGGCCGCGGCGGACGAUGGGCUCCCGGGAAUGCCGAGGACGGGAAUAAAAGUUUUGCGUUCAGGUGGUGUGCGGCUGCCGCAGAGCUGGGGGGCGCGGGGGCGGUCCCCUGGGUACCCCGGACCAGAAUGAGAGGGUGGGUCGGGGGCUCUGGGAUCUCCCUGGCCCGGCCCAUCUCGUCCCCUAAGGCAGAGACGGCAAGCGCGGCCCUGGCUGGCUCCCCUUCCCUCCCCUCCCCGGGAGUAGGCGAUGCCGGAGAACGUGGAAAACCAGUCUGCCCCGGUC